AUGGCAGCUCCAUGCGGACGCCCUGUGCACAUGUUCCUGCUCGCCGGGCAGAGCAACAUGUCGGGGCGCGGGGAACUGCCAGAUUUCCCAGAGGAGAAAGACGAGAGAUUGCUGGUUUUGGGUUCCGAUGGCACGUGGAAGACAGCUCAGCACCCGUUGCAUUAUGACAAGCCGGAGAAGGCUGGGGUUGGACCUGGACUGGCCUUCGCAAGGGGAGUUGUGGAUUUCCUGCCUGCACCCGUGGGACUGCUUCCGUGUGCAUUCGGUGGCAGCGAAAUCCGGCGCUGGCUUGCGGAUGGAGACUUGUUCAAGGCCGCCGUGGCCAAAGUGGAGCGGGGUCGGGCUCUUGGAGGCGUCCUGCGAGGCAUCCUCUGGCACCAGGGCGAGUCCGACUCCUCCAGUCAGGAGGAUGCUUCUGAGUAUCCGAAGCGCUUGAGGGAGGCUCUGCGGCAGCUGCGCCUGGCAUGUGGCUGCGCCGAUGUUCCCAUCAUCCUCGGGGAGUUGGGUAUGGAAUUUCUGGCAGGGGACUCCUUUGCCUUUGUGGAAAUCGUGAACAAGGCGAUCAUCGAGAUCGGAGACGGAGAGCCAAACACAUCUCUGGUUUCCAGCGCAGGCCUUCGGCACAAGGGCGACCGCCUCCAUUUCUGUUCCAGCUCGGCGAAUGAGUUGGGUCGACGCUACGCUUGGCGCUGGCUGGAGAUGACAGGACAUGUGAAUCUUUCGCUUCGAACACUGGUCGGCGGCUCCUUAGACCCGCGGCUGGCUGGUCGACCGGCUGCCAGUUCCCCACAGCUUCAGGUGGUCCAAGGAUACAGCACGGAGAAACUGGAGGACGAUUUCGGGGAGGCAGGACUCCCACGUCUUGACCGCCGUGUGACCAAGAGGUGUGAACUGCUUCUGAGGCUCAUGCAGUUUGUGAUCUGCGCAGCUUGGCAGGCUUUCCGCCUGCUGUGUGGCCUGCUUCCGGCAAAACUUCCCCAGCUGAAGCCGCCCUGGACGCAAUGCGCAAGGGCGGACCCGUCCGAGCAAGGCGAGAUGCCAUUCUUAAAGGUGACUUGCCAGUACCAAUACUAUGGCCCCGAGGACGGACCGACAGGAGCCUGGAGGUGGUCCGAGGAGCGGCUACAGCGACAGGCGAUGCUUCUAGCUGUGUUUGGGCAAGAGGACAGUCCUCAAGCCCUCUUCGAGGAGGUGGACGUCUUGAGCAAGGCUGAACCCAUGCUGCGCUGCGCGGUCUUGCCGGCUGUCUUUGUGCAGAUGCUGGAAGGAGUUGGUGUGUUAUUCAAAGCAAUACCUGUGCCGUGCUGCCUUGGGCCCGAAGCAUCUCAAUUGUGUGCAAGCCGCCCAGCUGCACAGGGUCCAGAGGCCUGGGACUCUUCAGGGCCAGGGCAACAAUCGACAUUGGCAGAUCCCAGCAGGAUGACCUUCACAGAACGAGCCCUCCGGCUCUAUGCUUGUGGCUCAGUGGCCGACCUUCGAGUUCUGUGGCACACGUCCGCGGCAUGA